CUAUUUCCUCUCUCCUUGGAGACAGUGUGAGAAAUGAAAAUCUCGGAGGAAAAAAAAAGGGAGAAUGACCAAUCAGCCCAGAUCAGAAUUUUAUAGUCUGCAUUGCCAGCGGUCUCAGAAAAAGUGUCUGAGAGAGAGAGAAUCCUUGCCUCAAGUGUACUUUUGUCAACGAGAUUUCAGUUCUCGCUCUAACCUGGUUUUGGUGCCAUAGAGAUGUAUCAGUGGAGGAAAUUCGAGUUCUUUGAAGAAAAAUCUGCCGGGAAAAGUUCAAUUCCCGACGAAGUCACCGGAAAGAUUCAGUGCUGUUCGAGUGGGAGAGGGAAGAUCGUGGUCGGUUGCGAUGACGGCUUGGUGAAUUUGCUGGAUCGUGGGUUCAAAUUCAUUUAUGGUUUCCAAGCUCACGCAUCUUCUGUGCUCUUCAUUCAGCAGCUAAAGCAACGCAACUUCCUGCUGACUAUUGGAGAAGAUGAACAAACAUCACCACAGUUGUCAUCUAUCUGCCUUAAGGUUUUUGACCUUGACAAGAUGCAACCAGAGGGUUCCAGCACAUCAACUCCUGUUUGCAUUCAAAUAUUGCGGAUAUUCACCAACCAGUUUCCUGAAGCAAAGAUUACAUCAUUCUUAGUCCUUGAGGAAUCUCCACCUAUAUUGCUUAUCUCCAUAGGGCUAGACAAUGGUUUUGUUUACUGCAUUAAGGGGGACAUUGCACGUGAGCGCAUUACCCGCUUCAAGCUUCAAGUGGAGAAUAUUUCAGAUAAGAGCCUUUCUUCUAUUAUGGGCCUAGGGUUCCGAGUUGAUGGUCAAGCCCUUCAACUCUUUGCUGUGACACCCAAUUCAGUGAGCUUGUUCAGCUUGCAGGAUCAACCACCUAGGAGGCAAACCCUUGAUCAGAUUGGGUGUAGCGCUAAUAGUGUCACGAUGAGUGAUCGCUCGGAGCUAAUAAUUGGGCGUCCAGAGGCUAUUUACUUCUAUGAAGUUGAUGGCCGUGGUCCUUGUUGGGCAUUUGAGGGGGAGAAGAAAUUCCUUGGAUGGUUCCGUAGGUACCUCUUAUGUGUUAUUACAGAUCAAAGAAAUGGAAGAAAUACUUUUAAUGUAUAUGACUUGAAGAAUCGUCUGAUUGCCCACAGUUUGAUGGUUAGAGAAGUUUCAUACUUGCUUUGUGAAUGGGGUAACAUAAUCCUUAUAAUGAGUGACAAAACGACUUUGUGCAUAGGAGAGAAGGACAUGGAAAGCAAGUUAGAUAUGCUUUUCAGGAAGAAUCUGUAUACUGUUGCUAUCAAUCUUGUUCAAAGCCAGCAAGCUGAUGCAGCAGCAACUGCUGAAGUGCUAAGGAAGUAUGGGGAUCAUUUAUAUGGGAAACAAGACUAUGAUGAGGCUAUGGCUCAGUAUAUACACACUAUUGGCCACCUUGAACCUUCUUAUGUGAUACAGAAAUUUCUUGAUGCACAAAGAAUCUACAACCUUACAAAUUACCUGGAAAAGUUACAUGAGAAGGGACUGGCUUCUAAGGAUCACACCACUCUCCUUCUUAACUGUUAUACUAAGCUGAAAGAUGUUGAGAAAUUGAAUAUGUUUAUCAAAAGUGAAGACAGUGUUGGAGAGCAUAAGUUUGACGUGGAGACUGCAAUAAGGGUAUGCCGUGCUGCAGGGUAUCAUGAACAUGCCAUGUAUGUUGCUAAGAAGGCAGGAAAGCAUGAAUUAUACUUGAAGAUCUUGCUCGAAGAUCUUGGUCAAUAUCAAGAAGCACUAGAAUACAUUUCCAGUCUUGAACCCAGUCAAUCAGGUGCCACAGUGAAAGAGUAUGGAAAGAUUCUCAUUGAGCACAGGCCCAUGGAGACAAUUGAAAUACUCAUGAAGCUGUGUACUGAGGAAGCAGAAUCAGCAAAAAGGGGGAAGCCAAAUAGUCCAUACAUAUCUUUGUUACCUUCUCCUGUUGAUUUCAUCAACAUUUUCACUCACCACCCACAGUCUCUUAUGGAUUUUCUCGAGAAAUACACCAACAAGGUGAAGGAUUCACCUGCUCAAAUAGAAAUUCACAACACACUAUUGGAGCUCUACCUGUCUAAUGACUUGAAUUUCACAUCUGUCUUACAAGAAAACACUGUUUUUGAUUCUAGAGCAACAAGCUCAAAGGGAGCUGCUAAGAUGCCUAUAGACGAUUCAAAGGAAAGAUCAAUUGCUAGGGGGAAAGGUAUUGAGAAGGAAAAGGAUUGCCUGGGAAGACUUGACAAGGGACUGCGCUUGCUUAAGAAUGCAUGGCCAUCUGACCUGGAACAUCCACUGUAUGAUGUUGAUCUUGCUAUCAUUUUUUGUGAGAUGAAUGCAUUUAAAGAAGGGUUAUUAUUUCUGUAUGAGAAGAUGAAGCUCUAUAAAGAAGUGAUUGCUUGCUACAUGCAAGCCCAUGACCAUGAAGGGUUGAUUUCGUGCUGCAAGAGGCUGGGGGAUUCAAGUAAAGGAGGUGAUCCAUCUCUUUGGGGUGAUCUACUGAAAUACUUUGGUGAUCUUGGAGAAGAUUGCUCCAAAGGAGUAAAGGAAGUUUUGACUUAUAUUGAAAGGGAUGACAUAUUACCUCCUAUUGUUGUUCUUCAGACACUGUCCAGGAAUCCAUGCCUUACUCUCUCUGUUGUCAAGGAUUACAUUGCUAGAAAACUUGAAGAAGAAUCAAAACUGAUUGAAGAAGACCGCCAAUCUAUUGAGAAGUACCAGGAAGAAACCUUAGUGAUGAGGAAAGAAAUCCAGGAUCUUAGGACUAAUGCAAGGAUUUUCCAGCUUAGUAAGUGCACUGCAUGCACUUUUACCCUUGAUCUCCCUGCUGUGCACUUCAUGUGUAUGCAUUCAUUUCACCAGCGUUGCCUCGGAGAUAAUGAGAAAGAAUGCCCUGAGUGUGCUCCUGAGUACAGAUCUGUCCUGGAGGUGAAGAGAAGCUUAGAGCAGAAUGCCAAGGACCAAGAUCGGUUCUUUCAACAAGUUAAGAAUUCAAAGGAUGGGUUUUCUGUGAUUGCUGAGUAUUUUGGUAAGGGGGUUGUGAGCAAAACUAACAAUGGCACUACUGAUGCUUUUAGAUCAGGAAGCACUGCCCUCGGUAGUAUCUUCUGACAAGGCUCGUUGAUUAUGUUAGGUAAUUUUUAUGGAACAACCUUUUAAUUUUUUCAUUCUUUGUCUGGGGCUUAUAUGCAACAUGACGGUGGCUGAGUUGAGGGAUUGGAUGGUGCACUAAUGUGCUUUGCUGUGAGAUUAAGUUCUAUUUGUACCAGGUGUGGUCUAGCCAAUUGAUCAGCUGAUUAAGAGAGAGGGAAAGAAAAAUCCAAAUGUCAUUAACUGAUACAUUUAAUGAAGGUUUUAGGGGUUAUUCUAUUCCAUGGCACGAGGUAUUCUUGCCUCCUUUGUGAGAAUUGGUGGAAAAGACUGGUCUUUUGUGUUUUCAUGUCAUCUUUUAUGUGAGAUAGGAAUUGCUGAAGAAGUUGAUGCGAUUGGAACUACAAAUGUGGAAGAAGAGUUCAGGGUUGAAUACACACAUAAAGAGCAGAAAUAUAUGAAUGGAUGAAGACAUUUUGGAUUGACAUUUUAUUUGUGGUUUUAUAUGUUUUGAAAUAAUUCAGCAUUUUGUAAUAGUUUCAAAACAUAGAUGCAUGGUUUAUAUUUGAAAUAUAUUAGAUUCUAUUAUAAAUUGUUUGCACAUUCAAUGUGAAUGGGAAUGGAAUAGCAUGUGAUGUAUGUAUAAAACGUAUUUGAAAUGAAUAUGGACAAAUAACAGGUUUCUCUUA